AUGGCCGGUGUAAAUGGAGACAACGAGGUUCCUCAAGAGACGACCACACCUACAACCCAAAGGGACCUUCAAGAUGCUGCUACCUGGAAGAAGCAACGCAGUGCCUUACGUCAGCAGAUCACCAAGACAAUGCGGUACCUAGGCAACCUAGUUACUGACAGAGGUUCCAGAGGAUCCACUUCCAGUUUGAUGAAGCACCUUGAGACUCUAUUGGCCGCAGCCACUAAAAUCCAUACCAAUCUGUCGACAGUCGAAGAUCAGACAGAAAAUGAUCGUCAAGACGAGUUUCAUCUAAAGUACGUUGAGCUGGCUGGAGACGCGUUGGAGAGAGGUCAACAAUAUUUGAAUUCAAGAGUAGGUGAACCUCCCUCUGUAACUGCAGGCAAUCGGGCACCAUCUAUUUCAGCAUCCGAGCAAAAUCGUCAAGAGGUUGAACGCAAGUUGGCCCAACAAAGAGCAGAUGCAGCCGCUCUACAAGCAGACGAAGCCCGUCGUCAAGCCAACGAAGCGCCCAACCGAGCAGAUCAGGCCCGACGUGAAGCCACUGCGGCACAGCAAGCAUUACAAGAACUAGAUGUUGAUGAAGAUCGUGCUAGUGCAGUCACGCACGUUUCUCAGCGACUUUCUCAACUUGGUCAAGAUUGGAGACAGAACCAACGCCGGCUUAAUUCUUCGAUUUCACCAGCAGCUCCUGACGAGUGGAUCGACCGUUAUGCCGCCGGUCAGCUGAAGCCAAACGUUACAGCGAGUUCCCGUUCUUCAGUCAAGACAGAGUUAGAAAUUUAUUCCGGAAAGUCCCUCGACUGGUUUGAAUGGAUAGAUUUGUACAGAGCUCUUGUGCACGAUUCCGGAAAAUCCGCUGGAGAAAAAUUGGCCAUUCUUAAACGCCAUCUGAAAGGCGAUUGCCUCGACCUGGUUCAAGGUCUCGGAGGUGGCGAGUCAGCCUACAUCGAAGCCUUAGUCCGUCUCAAACAGAACUCUGGCAGACGGGAUGUUAUGCGAGCUGCCACUCUACAGGCCAUCGAGAAAGUGGAACUGAGAAAUGACCCGGCCAUUUUCAAACGUUUUGCCGAGCGGAUUAGGACUCAUCUAUUCGAUCUCAGCCGUAUCGGAGAAUCCAACGCCCCAGAUUUGAUCGAGAGGAUUAGCAUGAGACUCCAGCCACCAGAUCGUCUUGAGUGGAACCGUGGACGACGAGGAGGAUUGGAAACAAGAAGUCUCAACGCCUUUGGAUCCUGGCUGUGUGAGAGAGCGGCAGAGUACCAAAAUGCAUACAGCAUUGCAUCCGAGCAAGCUUCUUCUUCCGUACCCAAACCACAUCGGUCUCAUGCUCGCAGCCACCCUGCUUCAUCCACAAAGGCAACUGACAACCACUCAGCACCUAAGGUCACCUUCCGGCCAUUCUGUUUCAAGUGUGAAGGCGACCACAAAUUGGAAAAUUGUAGCCAGUUCAAAGCUUUAGUCGUUGCAGACCGAGUUUCUUUCUGCGCCAAGCACAGGUUAUGUUUCGGAUGUCUUGGAGCGAAGCACUCCGUCCGGAAUUGUUUUACGAGGAAGCCGUGCAAGAUCGCUGGUUGCAGCCUCCACCAUCAUGAAUUGGUUCAUGACCCCGAUAGACCAGCCGCUGUAUCCACGCCGCAUGCAACGAAGACCGAAAUGACAAGAACAGCGACGGCCCACCUCCGGAAGCAGAGUCCACAACAAGUCGCCAUGGGGAUGAUGCGGUUGAGAGUUUUCAGUGCCGAUAACGGAGCGAUUCUGACCGUAGAAGGCGCGGGCGGUGUAGUCAAGCGCUACCGUUCUCAACGUGUUAAUUUCCAGAUAGACACGGUUUAUUGCGAGAAGUUGGAUCUCUCGUGUUCUACCCUGCCCACUACCGUCGCGAGUACUACCCCGGUUACAGAUUGGGGAAAUUUGAAGACCCGUUGGUCGCAUCUGGCCGACCUUCCUGUUGGAGAAACGGGCGGCAGAGUGGACAUCCUGAUCGGCAACGAUUACUCGCACCUCAUCGUCGCUUUGGAAUCCAGAGUCGGAGAUGACUAUGAACCAACCGCCAUCAGAAGCAGACUAGGCUGGAUCAUCCGUGGUGUCGUCAACGAUGGUGCUUCCGUCCCAGCCGCCCGGACUCAUACCGUCAAUAGUUCGACGCAGUUGGUUGAGAUUGCGGCAGAACUACGCCGUUUCUGUGACACUGAAAAUUUUGGAACGGAGUCGAAGACAAAAGGAAUGUCAGACGACGAUCGACAAGCCAUCGUAAUUUUAGAAGCUGGAACAAAGAAGCUGGACGUAGGCUACGAGGUUCCCAUCACCUGGAAGACGGGGGAGCCAGCUUUAGUUUGCAACAAGCAGAUGACUCAACAACGACUCGGUGGUCUACUUCGGCGUUUCAGCAGAGAGCCAGCGUUCGAGAAGGAUUACCGCGCUGCCGUUCGGAAAACUAUCGACAAAGGAUACGCCUCUGUGUUAUCUGAAGAGGAAGCGGAGUCCGCCAAAUACUUUCUCGCGCAUCACGGCGUUUACAAAGGCCCUAAGUUACGUGUCGUCUUUGAUGCCGCAGCCCCCUUCCAGGGAAAGUGUUUGAAUGACGCCAUACUCAGUGGUCCCGCUCUCCAGCCUCCUCUUCCAUCCGUUUUAAUCCAAUUCCGUGAGGGAGCCAUAGCCUGGGCUUCAGAUGUGGAAGCGAUAGUCCCCACCGAAGACUGUCGUUUGCCGGAUGGAUCGGUUGCCGUUUGGCGCUACUUGUUCUCCCUUCAUCGCCAUACAAACCACCCGCCGUGCAGUUUCUGA